AUGUUUGUUCCUGAUAAACCUAUUCCUGCGGCCGACGCAGCUUACGAACUCAAGACACAGCUCAUUUCAACACGUAUUUAUAUUGUUCUGCUGCCUGUCAUACUUGGCGUGCUUGUCAUCUAUAAGGCAGAAGUAUUCGUAAUAACGACUGUUAUCAUCGAAUCGCCAUUAUAUUCUACAUACCUCAACUUGUACAAAAGUUAUUCUGAGUCGCUCUCAUGCCCAUGUACGACAAUUGCCAUUCAGCAGGAUCAAUUCAUUAAUGUCGAUGUUCGACUUCAUCAAGUGUGCUCGAGUGACUUUAUUUCCGAUCGUUAUUUUGAAUUUCUCAGUCGCUCUCUACUUGGUAAUGCUAUUAUGACAGGUCAAGCUCAUAUGGAACUUGUCGCAUCGUGGUGUCGUUUCGCUAAAACUACUAUCAUCAAUAAUAUGACCUCAUUCUAUAGCUUAGAAUGGAUAGCAUGUGAAGUUAGUUCUAUAGACCUUUUAGAAAAACAAGUUCAAUCAUUAGUUGACUGGUAUACAUCGUCAAUAACAAGUACAUUUUCUCAUUCGUUAAAUAUCAACAGAGUGUUAAUAUCAAGCAAUGCAAUCGAUACCGGCUUUCUAACAAUGGCAUCACGAGUUCUAAGAGGCGGCCCGCCCAAUAUUUUCGUUGAUGUUUAUAUGGCGGUGUACGCCAAUGGUACAUGUUCAUGUGGUAUUUCUACUGAUUGUAUGGAACAGGUUGUAAUUCAAGAUAUUUUUGCGCGUUUCCCACCAUUUCCAGUACCUGGUCUUCGCAUUGGUUGCUACAUUGAAGAAGCAACACUUCAGUCGACGCUUGAGUGUUACUAUAAUCAAGCGUGUUUGGAAAAUUUUCACUUGAACAUUCAUUCAACAAUAACUUUCAAUGCUACAGCUCUCGAUGAUUCCAUUGCUGUUCACAGUCAAUUCAAUGCGAUAUCGCCUAUCAGUAUCAUUGUUGCUCAAAUGAUGGUCGAAAAUUGGACCGUUACAACGAAUCAUCGAGCAUUUUUUAACAAUUGCAAACCAGCCCAAUGCAUUUACACAUACAAAGACAAGGAACAUAUGUUGAUUGUAAUUACGAAUAUUAUUGAGUUUAUUGGUGGUUUAACAAUUUCUUUAAAAAUUUUGGUUCCUUUCUUUAUCAAAUUCGUUCGAAGUCGAUUUUCUAGACAACAACCAGUGCCCAUUGACGGUAACUCGGUCACGGCUUAUUUUCUUUCAGGAGAAACACUUCUUAGUUGA